AUGGUGAUGGACAGAGAAGAACGGAGAAGAAAAAUAAUGGAACGAGGAUCAGAUCGUUUGGCGUUAAUCACAGGACAAUUACAUAAUCUUGAUUAUCCUUCAUCACCCUCGUCGUCGUCAGCUUCCUCAUCAUCAUCAUCAGCUUCUCACAACCGCACAUACAGCGAAUCUAAUUUCAAGCCACAAACUCAAUCUCAGCAUCAUCUAAUUCAAGAAAGCCCAUCUCUUAAGUAUCAUUUCAAAGAGGAAGUAAAGGAAAGAUCAGAAGAACCAAAACGUUCGAGUGUUCUUCACAAGCCCUUACAAAGUGAACCAACAAAACCAGAAGAAGCAACAAGAUCAUCAGUAAAGAGUCAAAACCAACGACCUAGGAGUAACUUCAGCUCCAAGAAACUCAACGCUAGCAUCAUAAGCUCAGAAAGAAGUCGGAGUUUGAGCUCUCUCGCAAUAGCUGCGUUUGUGAUUCUACUCCCGAGGUUGAACAUUAUAAGUUCAGGCAGUAUCUUGGCUUUGAGACCCCUUUGGUUGCUGAUUCUCACAGAUUGUGCUAUUGUAAUGUCUCAUCUCACCAUGGAAGCAUCUAGAGGAGGAUUUAGCCAUGAGAUAGGAGAAGAAGAGGAAGAAGAAGGAAAGGGUAAAAGUGGUGAGAACUGGUCUGAUGCAGAGAAGCUUCUAGAAAGAGGAGUUGUUGUGUAUCAAGCUCUUCGUGCAAUGUUCAUAGAUUGUAGUCUUUAUAUGGUUAUUGUUAUUUGUGGAGACUCUCUUCUUUAGAAGUUCUUUUGUUUUCUUCAAUUUUGAUCCUCUCACCUUCUU